CGACGCUUCUUGCGGUAAACCGUCGCGCGUAAAGUUGUUAUAGACUACUUGGACUAAAUCAACAGCUUUGUGGACAACGACUUUCUGCACGGAGCAUAUUAAAUCAUUUAUUUUGAGUCUAUUUACUGGAAAGUGCAAUAAAAUAUAAAUGGUCAACUCAGAACCGUAAAAAUAUGCCCAAUAAUGAGUUGGGUUAACAACUGGUAGAAUACGCGCGUUUUUUCGAAUCAUUGGGUGCACCUUGCAUUAACAAAACAAAUGAUAUCUUCGAAAUAAUUAUAACACUUUUCAAAUAAGGUAUUCGGAUUGUUUGGAAUUGUGUAAAGAGUGUUCGACAUGGCCUUAUCUCUUCCAGUGGAUGGAAAUGCCCAAAUUAGUUGAAAUAGACUGGGGGACGCAAUGCUGUAAAUAAAGGAGAUUCACAUCUGGUGAAGUCAUCCCUAGGACAGGAGACUCAGGAUGAGAAGAUGGCCACCGUGCUGCUACCACCGGGUCCUGACAGCUUGCACCGGUUUACCUGGGAGUCCCUGGCUGCCGUGGAGCAACGGAUCGCUGAGGAGGAGGCCCGGCGCACCAAGCACUACCAGGAGGACCUGGGAGAUGUGGAGCUGCCCAGGCCCCGGGCCGACCUGGAGGCCGGCAAACAGCUGCCGCGCAUCUUCGGCGACAUCCCCAACGGCCUGGUGGGCGUCCCACUGGAGGACUUCGACCCGUUCUAUUUCAUGAACCAGAGAACUUUUAUAGUACUGAACAAAGGGAAGGCCAUCUUCCGAUUUAGUGCCACAUCUGCACUCUAUAUUUUUAGCCCCUUUCAUCCUGUUAGAAGAGCAUCAAUAAAGGUUUUAGUACACUCGUUAUUCAGUCUGUUCAUAAUGUGCACUAUUUUGACCAACUGUUGCUUCAUGGCCAUGUCGGAACCAGAGUAUUGGGCCAAGUAUGUAGAGUACACUUUCACUGGCAUUUACACGUUUGAAUCGUUGAUAAAGAUUCUGGCGAGGGGAUUCUGUGUGGGGCCAUUUACCUUCCUGCGGGACCCUUGGAACUGGCUGGAUUUCAGUGUGAUUGUCAUGGCAUAUGUUACUGAAUUUGUGGACCUGGGCAAUGUCUCAGCAUUACGGACAUUCAGAGUCCUACGAGCACUGAAAACUAUCUCAGUCAUCCCAGGCCUGAAGACCAUCGUGGGUGCGCUGAUCCAGUCAGUGAAGAAGCUGGCGGACGUGAUGAUCCUAACCGUUUUCUGCCUCAGUGUGUUCGCCCUCAUCGGCCUUCAGCUCUUCAUGGGUAACCUACGACAGAAGUGCGUACGCAGCACGGCGCACUGCGUCAACAACACCCUCAACACCAACACAACCUUUUUCUGCAACAACCGGACGUGGUCCUCACUCAAAGACUUUAUUGCAGACGAAGAUAACUACUACAAAGUGGAGGGAGCGAAGGAUGCCUUAAUAUGUGGGGACGGGAGUGAUGCUGGGCAUUGCCCAGAUGGGUUUGAAUGUAGGAAGGCAGGAAGGAACCCUAACUAUGGUUACACCAGCUUUGACAGCUUUGGUUGGGCGUUUCUCUCCCUCUUCCGGCUGAUGACACAAGAUUACUGGGAGAACCUCUAUCACCAGACUCUGCGGUCAGCAGGAAAGACCUACAUGGUAUUCUUCGUGGUGGUCAUCUUCCUGGGGUCAUUCUACCUGGUUAACCUGAUCCUGGCUGUGGUGGCCAUGGCCUACGAGGAACAGAACCAGGCCACUAUCCAGGAGGCCUGGCAGAAAGAGAGGGAGUUCCAGCUGGCCAUGGAGUGCCUCAAGAAGGAAGCGCAGAAAGCUCAAGACACAGAUUCAUUGAUUUUCCUGGACCUGUCCCCUGGCCUGGCUCUGCCUGACAACAAGGAGUUGCAGAGCAGGAGGAGAAGUCUAGAGGGGCUGGUGGAGGAGACGGAGAACGAGGGAGACGUGGAGAAGGGAGACGUGAAAACAUUAAAGGUGGAUACAGUGGAUGGGGGCAGGCCGACACACCCCCUCCUCAUCCGCACCAUCUCCACGCGCACUAGACGAGGAAGCAACGUCAGUAUAUUUAACUUCAAUCGCCGGAACAAAGACUCAGAGGGUGACUUUGCCGACGAUGAACUCAGUGUCCAUGGGGACAAUGAGGGGACACACAGUCGUGCUGGGUCCCUGGUGGUCCCGUGGAGCACCAGACGCAGGCCCAGUACCUACAGCACGGGCAGCCGGGGUUCCCAGGUCUUCCUCAACAUCAAUGGGAAGCUGUUUGUGGCCAUGGACCAGAACGGGGUCACCACACAGGGCCUCCCAGCAUGCACCAUUGAGAGGGUCAAGGAGGAGAGUAGGCCUAACUCCAGCACAGAGCUGAGCAACAUGCUGCUCCCUCGCCAGGUAUCCAGACAAGAGCACGCACGCAGGGACCGAGCUCUGAGCGCCGCCAGCUACCUCACCGAUGCCUUGGAGGAACUGGAGGAGUCGCAUCAGAAGUGCCACCCCUGCUGGUAUGAGUUUGCCCACAAGUACCUGAUCUGGGAAAGCAGUCCACGUUGGCUUCGGUUGAAGGCGCUGGUCAAGGUGAUGGUGAUGGAUCCCUUCCUGGACCUAGCCAUUACCAUCUGCAUCGUGCUCAACACCCUGUUCAUGGCCAUGGAGCACUACCCCAUGACUGACGAAUUCAACGGCAUGCUGUCCAUAGGCAACCUGGUAUUCUCCGGGAUCUUCACCGCUGAGAUGGUUUUAAAGAUCAUCGCUCUGGAUCCAUACUACUAUUUCCAACAAGGUUGGAACAUCUUUGACAGCAUCAUCGUGUGCCUCAGCCUCAUGGAGCUGGGCCUGUCCGACGUGGAGGGACUGUCCGUUCUCCGGUCCUUCAGACUGCUGAGGGUGUUCAAGUUGGCCAAGUCGUGGCCCACCCUCAACACACUCAUCAAGAUCAUCGGCAACUCGGUGGGCGCCCUGGGAAACCUGACCCUGGUCCUAGCCAUCAUAGUCUUCAUCUUUGCCGUAGUGGGCAUGCAGCUGUUCGGCAAGAACUACCAGGACUGUGUGUGUAAGAUCUCUAAGGACUGCACACUGCCGCGCUGGCACAUGAAGGACUUCUUCCACUCGUUCCUCAUCGUAUUCAGGGUGCUGUGCGGCGAGUGGAUCGAGACCAUGUGGGAUUGUAUGGAGGUGGCCGGGCAACCUCUCUGCAUCCUGGUCUUCAUGCUCGUGAUGGUGAUCGGGAACCUAGUGGUACUCAACCUCUUCCUAGCCUUGCUGCUCAGCUCAUUCAGCUCAGACAACCUCUCAGCACCUGAUGACGACGGCGAGAUGAACAACCUGCAAAUCGCUCUUGGUCGCAUCAAAAGCGGCAUGGGCUGGCUCCGAAGCCAGAUCUGCGACUUCUUCAACGGCAACUUCAAGAGGCGACGGCAGAAGAGAAAAGAAACAAAGGCCAUGGUGAAGCUCAAGAGGCUGAGCCACGGUGCUCCGCUUGGCGAGGUGGGCAACGGGACAGUGGUGACGGUGGGGGGAGGGAUCGGGGUGAUCGGGCGCCACGGAGAGAAGAUAUUGGUCCCGGACAUCGAUGACAGCUACAUGACAAACCCCAAUCUGACCAUCAGCGUGCCCAUCGCUCCUGGCGAAUCAGACGUGGAGUUCCCUGAGGAGGAUGAUGAUGAUGAGGAUGAGAGCGAGAGCUCGGAGGAGGAGGAGGAGGAAGUGGAGGAGAGCAAGCAGGUAAAGGAUGACAUCAGCCUUUCAGAGGGCAGCACAGUUGACCUGAGGAAGCCAGGGGAGGAAGAGGAUGAGUAUUCGGAGAUGGCCGAAGAGACCAUGGAUCCUGACAAUUGCUUCCCUGAUGUAUGCGUGCGCCACUUCCAGUGCUGUGACAUCCAAACCACGGCGGGCCUGGGCCAGGCAUGGUGGCGGUUGAGGAAGACCUGCUUUCAGAUCGUGGAGCACAGCUGGUUCGAGUCCUUCAUCAUUUUUAUGAUCCUGCUGAGCAGCGGCGCUCUGGCCUUUGAGGACAUCUACAUCGAACAGAGAAAAGUGGUCAAAGUGGUGCUGGAGUACGCCGACAAGAUCUUCACCUACAUUUUCAUUCUGGAGAUGCUCCUCAAGUGGAUUGCAUACGGAUUCAAGAAGUACUUCACUAACUACUGGUGCUGGCUGGAUUUCCUGAUUGUGGAUGUGUCUUUGGUGAGCCUAGUGGCUAACACGCUUGGCUACUCGGACUUCGCUGCCAUCAAAUCACUUAGAACCCUCAGAGCUCUGAGGCCGCUAAGAGCACUGUCCCGAUUUGAAGGCAUGCGGGUUGUGGUAAACGCCCUGAUCGGCGCCAUCCCAUCCAUCAUGAACGUACUGCUGGUGUGCCUGAUCUUCUGGCUCAUCUUCAGCAUCAUGGGGGUCAAUCUGUUCGCCGGCAAGUACGGACGCUGCGUCAACCAGACGGGCUACAUCCACAAUGUGUCCAUGGUCAACAACAAGACCGACUGCCGGGCCAUGAACGACACGCAGUUCUACUGGACCAGAGUCAAGGUCAACUUCGACAACGUGGGUGCUGGUUACCUUGCCCUCUUACAAGUUGCUACAUUCAAAGGCUGGAUGGAGAUCAUGUAUGCAGCAGUGGAUUCUCGUGCUGUGGACGAACAGCCUAUCAGAGAGGUCAACAUGUACAUGUACCUAUACUUCGUCAUUUUCAUCAUCUUUGGCUCCUUCUUCACCCUUAACCUCUUCAUUGGUGUCAUUAUCGACAACUUCAACCAGCAGAAACGAAAGUUAGGUGGGCAAGACAUCUUCAUGACAGAGGAACAGAAAAAGUACUACAAUGCCAUGAAGAAGCUAGGGUCUAAAAAGCCUCAGAAACCAAUUCCAAGGCCAUUGAACCAAGUACAGGGCUUCUUCUUCGACCUGGUGGGAAAGCAGGCAUUCGACAUCAUCAUCAUGGUCCUCAUCCUGCUCAACAUGAUUACCAUGAUGGUGGAGACGGACGAGCAGCCGGCCCGCAUGGAGUACAUCCUCAACAAAAUCAACCUGGCCUUCAUCAUCAUCUUCUCCUGCGAGUGCCUCAUCAAGAUCGUGGCGCUACGCUGCUACUUCUUCACCAUUGGCUGGAACAUCUUUGACUUUGUAGUGGUCAUCCUCUCCAUCGUUGGUAUCGUUCUCGCUGACAUCAUAGAGAAGUACUUUGUGUCGCCGACACUGUUCCGAGUCAUUCGAUUGGCCAGGAUCGGACGAGUACUUCGACUCAUCCGUGGAGCCAAAGGAAUAAGGACCUUACUCUUUGCCUUAAUGAUGUCCCUUCCCGCCCUAUUCAACAUCGGUCUCCUGCUCUUUCUGGUCAUGUUCAUAUACGCCAUCUUUGGCAUGGCCAACUUUGCCUAUGUCAAGAAGCAGGCGGGCAUCGACGACAUGUUCAACUUCGAGACGUUCGGCAACAGUAUGAUCUGCCUAUUCCAGAUCACCACGUCAGCGGGCUGGGACGGCCUGCUCAGCCCCAUCCUCAACAACUCUCCGGAAGAGUGCAACCCCAACCUCGUCCACACAGGCACAAACGCCCGGGGCAACUGUGGCAACCCCUCAGUGGGCAUCACCUUCUUUGUCACCUAUAUCAUCAUCUCCUUCCUCAUCGUGGUCAACAUGUACAUCGCCAUCAUCCUGGAGAACUUCAGCGUGGCCACCGAGGAGAGCACCGAGCCGCUGAGUGAGGACGACUUUGAGAUGUUCUAUGAGGUGUGGGAGAAGUUCGACCCAGAGGCCACGCAGUUCAUCGAGUACGCCAAGCUGUCAGACUUUGCCGACACACUGUCGGAGCCACUGCGCAUUGGCAAGCCUAACAAGAUUAAGCUGAUCUCCAUGGACCUGCCCAUGGUCAGUGGAGACAAGAUCCACUGCCUGGACAUUCUGUUUGCCUUCACCAAGCGUGUGUUGGGUGAGUCGGGCGAGAUGGACGCUCUUAAGCAGCAAAUGGAGGAGAAGUUCAUGAUGGCCAACCCAUCCAAGAUCUCCUACGAGCCCAUCACCACCACGCUGAGGCGCAAACAGGAGGACAUGUCCGCCGCAGUCAUCCAGAGGUGCUACCGCCGGCACCUGUUGCGGAGGCAGAUGAAGCAAGCCUCCUUCAUGUAUAGAUCAAUGCAGAUCAAUCUGACGCAAAGCUCCACGGACAAGAGGGUCACCGCCCCGGAGAAAGAGGGCCUCAUAGCCUCCAUGAUCAAGGAGAACUACGGGGGGCCUGAGAUGGAGCUGAUGGAGACCCUGUCCUCCACCUCCUCUCCGCCGUCUUACGACAGCGUCACACGGGCGACUAGUGAACUUUUCCAAGUUUUAAUUCUCGAACAGUCCAGGAACAGUGACCUAAGCGAACAUUGCCUUGCCCCCGACAGAGACCGUGAGACAUUUCUGUAACAGCGACUAGGAAAUGCUUUUUUUCUCUUUUACAUUUUUUGUUGUUGUUGUUGUUGUUGUUUACCGAAUGUAAAAUAGCUCAAAUGACCCUGGUUUAGUACAUGUGGUUGUGCAGAGAAUCUGCUAGGGGUUUUCAUAGAGAAAACAAAUUAUUUUUUGGAGAACAUGCUUUGUGGGAGUACACAAAGGGGGCGUGUGUAAAUCCUAGAUGACCAUUGACCCUGCUCAUGUCAAGUUUGCUUCACAGUUAAUAUGCAUGAAUAACCUCUGCAGGGUCACAACAAUUAUAUCACUGACGUAAUAAUCAUUUAUUAGACUAAAAGAAAUACAGUUGAUCAGUAUUUACAAAGAAUGCCUGACCGUAUGAGUUCAUUAAAGGUCUUACUAUUAUUGGUGUGAUUCCUUAUGAUCAACAGUUUUAUAACUGUGAGAUGUGGGAGAAAAAACAAAGGGAUACAAUUUUUCGUAGUAAAGUAUAACUUUGUUGAUGUUGCCAGUCUUUCAUAGCAGUACAAUUAUUACUAUUUUUGAUAUUUUUAGAGUAAGAAAAAAAACAUGGCCUCUUCUGAAUUGGAGUCGCUUACCAUGAAAGGGAAUAAUUCCACACUGUAACAAGACGAACGGGCAGGUAAUAACUUUUCACAUUAAAAGAACGCUGUAUUUGAACUGUUUUAGCAUUUUUUUCUCUUGCGUUUACAUGUAAAAAUAUCCCGGGCUCCCUGCAUAUUAGUUCAUUUUUCAUUCAUAACAAUCUGGUCUUAGUUGCACAAAGCUAAGAAGCAAUUCAGUAACCAAGAUCAGUAUGUGACAAUCAAACCUACAUCUCAUGGUUAAGAUUGACAGAUGUUUUUUUUCUCCAUAACUUCUUUAGGACUUAAACUGCCCAAAUGGCUGCAUAUUUUAUGAGCAUCAGAGAUCCUAUUCACUAUUAGACGGGUGGAUAAUUGUCCUAUUUAUUAAUUAUUUUAAGUAUUUGUUUUGCAUGUUUUGAAUGCAUCAUAUAGACAAGUCACGCCCAAGGCUGAACAGAUAUAAUUUCUCUACAGUAUUUUGCAGAAACUGUGUUCAGCAGUAAUUUGCUACUUUUAAGUGAAUUAUUUUUCAGAUAAAAGUGUAAAAGUUUGUACAGCAUAUUUUUGUUUGUUCUACAGGCCAUUCAGCUUCUCUUGGUUACCCAUUGACUACUCUCCACUGUAGGACUGAUACCGGCACAUAUAGUUUCUAUUCGACUAGAAUAAUAAUAAAAAAGACACCGCUCAACUUUAAUAUGAUAUACUGUAUAUUUUCAUGUUAUGGUUGCAGGUGUGUUGAAGGGCUGUUUUCUGUAGCAAUAGAUCCAGUGUGUGCCUGGUAUAUACAGUACCCCUGUCCUGUUUCUAAAUGGACCUCUACUCACAUGGUUGCCCCAUUAGAUGCCAUGGAUGAGUGACUGGGAUCACACUGCUAUUUAUCAGUGUCUACGGGGGACUUUUCUAAAGAGAUUUCUGAUUGCAUGUUUAGAACUUGGGAGCGGUCCUAUUUGUUGUUAGGGGGGGGGGGACAUUUUUACACAAAAACAUCAUGGUGAAAAGUCAACUCGACACAUCUCUGUCAUAAAUGUACUGUUUUCAUCAUAACAAGAGCUGCUUCAUCAUAAUAACAUCCAAGACAUGAACAGAAAAUAUUUUUUUUCUCUCCAUUCUUAUAAACGGUCAUAAAUGCAGUAGCCUACAACAGGCAUCUUCUCAGCAGUCAGUAGAUACUGGCUUUACAUGUCUCACUGCUCAACCACAAUGCAGUGCCUCAGUAAUGCCCACAUUGCAGUAAAUAUUAUUUAUAAAUACAUUUUAGUACUUUAAGUUGAAAUAUUUUUUGUACUUUGCAAACACAUGCCUCUGUAUAUAAGAUAACGACCUCCUGUGAAAUAAAAGAGAGCCUACAAUAUCACUGA